CUCAACAAGAGAAAGCGCGGUCAAGAUACUGUCCAGGCCUACGGAGACAAAACCCCCAGAUCUAAGAAGAGCCCACAGAAAGAAUCCGUCAACAGGGUCUAUAAAAAAGGAAAAUUGCUGGGGCGUGGAGGCUUUGGCUCGGUCUAUGCAGGGACCCGCAUAUCCGAUGGACUUCCCGUGGCCCUUAAAUAUGUUCUGAAAGAUGAAGAGGAAAUGCACCCUAGGAAGAAAUUGUCCAAGCCCAAGGAAGUCGGACUAUUUGAAAUGGUUAACAAACUAUCAGGUCAUCCCAACAUCUUGAAACUGUACAACUGGUUCGAUAGACCUGCGUCUUAUGUAAUGGCAAUGGAGCGCCCCAACCCCUGCAAGGAUCUGUUCACAUACCGCCAGGAUCAGGGGAUCCAGACGGACACCAAGGAAAUCAAACUGAUCGACUUCGGGUGUGGAGACCCGCUGAAGAACACCGCCUACACUGACUUCUCUGGGACCCCCGAAUACUUGCCAAUUGAGUGGUUCCAGAAAGAGAAGUUCCUUGCAGGCCCUGGGACUGUGUGGUCAGUGGGCGUAACCCUGUAUAACCUCGUUUGCGGCGGCGAUCCCUUCACUUCUUACACCAGCAAGGGAAUGCGACAUGUGGAGAUCAGUGCCGGGCUGUCACCAGAAAUCAAGGACUUCAUUUGCUGUUGCCUGAGGCCCCAGGCAAGAGACCGACCCACCCUGGAGCAGCUGCAACUCCACCCCUGGAUCCUGAAACACUUCUAAUACCCAAAAAGACUCGACAAGGCCCCCCGAAUACUUGCCAACUGAGUGUUUCCAGAAAGAGGACCAGCCCACCCUGGAGGAGAUGCAGCUCCACGCCUGGAUCCAGCAGGCCUGAUAGACACUGGAGUGUGGGGAUGUACCCCACUGACUGGUACGGCAGGCCAAAGCCACAGAAGAAGCCAACGGAAGAGGGGCGGGCCAGUGAGGAGACCACCGCCCAAAGACUCCCUCCUUUGUGUUUUGAUCAGUGCCCCCCGAAUACUUGCCAAUUGAGUGGUUCCAGAAAGAGGACCAGCCCACCCUGGAGGAGAUGCAGCUCCACGCCUGGAUCCAGCAGGCCUGAUAGACACUGGAGUGUGGGGAUGCACCCCACUGACUGCCGGAAUAAUGGCAAUGAGACAGAGAAACAAAUGGCCCAUUGAGGAGAAAAUUAUUUAGAGAAUGGCGAUAAAUGGAGAUAUAGAAUGG